AUGGCGCACAAUUCUCCCAUACUAGCUCUCAUGCUUGCUUCCUUAUCCUUGCUCUUCGUCCCUUCACCCCCUCUCUCCCAUACUGCCCCCCCCCUCUCUCCUCACUUCAGCGCCUUGCCUCACACCCCCCCCAUGCUUGCUCCCAGCCUCCUCUCCGUCAUUUCAGCCUGUGGCGAUCCUCUCUCUCGCUAUCCUUAUCUCAACGCCUUGCUUCACAACCCCCCCCCUGUCUUCUCCAGACUGGCGCGGGAAGCCCUUCUCCCUACUCCUAAUUCAACGCCUUGCCUCACAACCCUGCUAUGCUUGCUUCCUGUCUCUUUUCCUUCAUUCUUUCCCCUCGCCUGUGCUGCUCUCCCCUUCCCCUCCCAUUGCAACGCUGCUGGCGUGGGGAAUCUCUCUCCCUACUCCUAUUUCAACGCUGUGGCGCACAAUCCGCCCAUGCUUGCGAUUGGUCAUUGCUGGUCCAGUGGGAAGCCCAAGGACUCGCUCACAAACAUACUUGAUACAAGAGAGCUGGUGGUGGCGCUGAUCAGCGAUUGGUUCGUGGAAGCAGCCAAUCACACGUGCGGGCCUUUCCCCCCCGAAGUGGAUGAGAUGGAGCGCGCUGGGCUCACGCCCGUGCCAUCCGUUGUGGUGAAGCCACCCCGAGUUGCUGAGUCAGCAGUCAACAUGGAGUGCGUUGUCAGAUACACAUAUGACGUCACUGACAGGGAUGGAAGUGUGACAACAACGAUUGUGCUUGUGGAGGUGGUGAUGUUCCAUUUCUCUGAGCAUGUGGUUACACGCACCCCUAACACUGGAAAACUGAUUGUUGACCCAGCAAAGCUUCGUCCUAUGUGCAGACUUGGGGGAAACACAUAUGGCUUUGUAUCCCACCUGUUUGACAUUGCACGGCCAGAUAAAGAUGGCAGGUACCCGGGGAUCACUGCGAAAGGCCCGGUUACACGAGCGCGUUUAGUGACGGGCUGGGCGGGCAGUCGAGCUCAAAUUCCCCGCCAGUCGGCACCCUGCGGGAAGAAGGCGCCAAGGCGUGGGUGGGUCGCAAGGCGCCUCCGCGUGGGUGGGUUCCGCAGGUGGGGAAGGUUCGGGUGCCGAGCGCAGAUUGGCUUGGCCUUUGCUCCACCUCCCUUCCUCCCCCUUCCUCCCUCGCUUCCUCCCUUCCUCCCUCCUCACUUCCUCGCUCCCUUCCCCUCCCUUCCUCCUCCUUCUGAUCCUCUCUCCUCUUCCUCCUUCUCUCCUCUUCCUCCCUCUCUCCCCUUCAUCCGUCUCUCCCCUUCUCCCUCUCUCCCGUUCUCCCUUAGCUUACGAAAGCUUUUUUUUUUCACAGCCCGUUCCGCGUGUGACUUUGCCUUCAACAACUCGCUCGGCUUCGUGCCGCUCUACGCGCUCUCAGUCAUGCAGCCCGACGUGCCAUUCACGCAGGGAAUUCUGCACAGCAAACGAUCGGCGCCGGCAAUCUCGGGAAAGCUCAAGCCGCAGUGCAAAGCUUUCAAAGUGCUCAAGUGUCCGCCAAUCUCAGUGCGGAUUUCACUGGACACUGGAGAACUCCCCAACGGACUCCCCUCCAGCCUCCGCAAAGCGCCUCGCCCUCCUCUCGCAACCCUCUUUCUUGCUGACUCACCUCCCUCCCUGCUACACCAGUCGUCCUCUGUGUCACUGGAAGGACCCGCGCACAGGCAGCAGCAGAACGGGCAGUUUGCGCAGCAAACGUGGGAGCACGGGCAGCAGCAGAACCGGCAGUUUGCGCAGCAAACGUGGGAGCACGGGCAGCAGCAGAACGGGCAGUUUGCGCAGCAAACGUGGGAGCACGGGCAGCAGCAAAACGGGCAGUUUGCGCAGCAAACGCACGAGUUUGGGCAGCAGCAGAACAGGCAGUUUGUGCAGCAAACGUGGGAGCACGGGCAGCAGCAAAACGGGCAGUUUGUGCAGCAAACGUGGGAGCACGUUCAGCAGCAGAACGGGCAGUUUGCGCAGCAAACGUGCGAGUUUGGGCAGCAGCAGAACGGGCAGUUUGCGCAGCAAAUGCAUUAUCUUGGGCAGCAGCAGAACGGGCAGUUUGCGCAGCAAACACACGAGUUUGGGCAGCAGCAGAACGGGCAGUUUGUGCAGCAAACGUUCGAGGAUGCGCCUGAGAGGAGGGAACCGCGACCCAGGACGGUUCAGGCGUGGGACUGGGACGGUGUGGAGACGCGAGGGGCUGGGGGGCAGAGAGAGAGGGAGAUCGAGGCGUGGAGGGAGGGUCUCUGGCGUGGCGAAGAUGGGGAUAUGCCAGACGUGGGAGGAGGAGGCGAAGGUCUGCGUGGUAACAUCUCGCAUGCGCUGUCAGGCGGAAAUCUUCCUGACUGGGAUGCUGCAGGAAACGGGGUUGGAGGAAGGAGAGUUGCGAGCCAUGGGGACUUCCAGACGGAAACAAGGGGGGUGGAGUUGCCUGGCACGGUGGUUAAUGGCUGGCCUGGUCACCCUUCGCCUGUUGCAGCGAACGCCAUCCAGAGAAGGAGAGUUGUGAGCUAUGGGGACAUUGAGGCGGAAACAAGGGGGGAGGAGGUGCCUGGCAUGGUGGUUAGUGGUUGGCCUGAUCACCCUUCGCCUGUUGCAGCAAACGCCAUCCAGAGAAGGAGAGUUGUGAGCUAUGGGGACAUUGAGGCGGAAACAAGGGGGGAGGAGGUGCCUGGCAUGGUGGUUAGUGGUUGGCCUGAUCACCCUUCGCCUGUUGCAGCAAACGCCAUCCAGAGAAGGAGAGUUGUGAGCUAUGGGGACAUUGAGGCGGGAACAAGGGGGGAGGAGGUGCCUGGCUUGGUGGGCAACAUUUGGCCUGGUCAACCUUCGCCUGCUGCAGCGAACGGCUUUCAGAGAAGGAGAGUUGUGAGCUAUGCUGAUGUUGGCAUGGAUGAAAGGGAGGAUGCUUCUGGUUUACCUGCUAAUGCUGACCUUUUUCCUUCUGCUGCUGCUGCUGCCGUUGCUCCUCCUGCUGCAGCUGCUGCUACUCGUGCUGCUGCUCCUGCUGCUGCUGGUGCUGCUGUCUAUGCUGACAACCUGACACCCAUAGCAUCACGAGGCGGCAUUGCAGCAUUCACUGCUAGUGCUGCUGACCAUGCUCCUUCUGCUGCUGCUCCUGAUGCUGCUCCUUCUGUUGCUCCUGCUGCUGCUCCCGCUGCUGCUUUUCGUGGGAGCAGUGUGACACCCAUACCUUCACGAAUUGCCGUUCCAUCGUCAAUCGGUAGUGCUGCUGCUGUUCCUCCUCCUCCUCCUGCUGCUGCUGCUGCUGGUGCUCCUUCUGCUGCUGCUGCUGCGGCCAUCAGUUUGGCACCCAUACCAUCACAACUUCCCAUGCCAUCAACUGCCAAUGCUGACCAUACUCCUACACAUCGCCCCUCAGCCACUCUCGCUGCCGCGCAUCGCCCGACAGCCACUCUUUCUGCCCCACGUCGCCCCCUAACCAGUCUCUCUGCCCUGCUUCGGAGAUUCUUAGGAGACGAAGUGGCUGCAAAGCCAAUUCAGGAGCCGGCGGUGGGGAAGAGAAGGGCUUUGGAGUUGACUCGCGAGUCAGACCCACGUGAAGCAGCUGCUGGGUCCAAGUCAGGGCAAGGUGAAGGGGCAGGUGCAGGUGAAACAGCGGAGGGAUCGGGUCACGUGCCUGUGGGCCGUGAAGAGACGGCUGAGUUGGAGGAAGGGGAGAUUGGAGGAGAGGAGGGGGAGGUUGGAGGAGAGGAGGAGGAGGUUGGGGAGGAGCAGGGCGAGGAGAACUUGAGGCGGGUGAAUCAAACAGAGGUGAGGGGAAGAGGUGGAGAGGGUGAGGAAUUGAGGAGGCGAGCAGUGGUAGCGACAGAGGGGCGAGAAAGUGGUGGGGAGUGUGAGGAAGUGAGGAGAGGAGAGGAAGAUGCGCAGGUGCUGGGUGUUUUGGGGGAGAAUAAAGAGGUGAGGAGAGGAGCGGAUGGGGAUGUGAGGAGAAGAGGUGAGCCCGAGGGAGUGCAGUGCCGAGGGGCUGAGGAGAUAAGAAGCAGUGAGGUGCAAGAGAAGGACGUGGAAGGGUUUGAUGGGUUGGGAAAGGGUGCUGGCAGGGCGAGUGGCGGAGCGGUGGUAGCUGGUGCUGUAGAGGAGAUGUUGAGACCGAUUAAUGAGAGGGGUGUAAAAGGUGAUGAUGGGGCGGAAAAGGGUGAUGGGAGGGCGAGAGGUCGAGUGAGCCGAGAGGUGGUAGCUGGUGCCGGAGAGGAGAGGUUGAGACAGACUGCUGAUGAGACGUCUCUUGGGGAGGAGAUGCAGAAGCUGCAGCAGGAGGGGAAGGAGAAGCGAGAUGAGGGGAGAAGAAGUGACCGUGUGGGAGUAGCUGGUGCUGGUGAGGAGAGGAUAAGACAGAUUGCUGAUGAGGCGGCUCUUGGGGAACCGAGGGGAGACGAGAGGCAGAGGUGGCAUGGGCAAGGCUCAAAUGGGCUGGUUAGUAGGAGCACAAGGGACGGAGGGAGGAGCUCGUAUGACGGUGGAAGAGGAGAGGAGAGGCAAAAAACGGCUGUAGCAGGGGGGGAGAGUCAACAGAAGGCUGUAGCAGCGGAGGAGAGUCAACAAAAGGCUGUAGCAGCGGAGGAGAGUCAACAGAAGGCUGUAGCAGGAGAGGAGAGGCAACAAACAGCUGUAGCAGCGGAGGAAGAGAGUCAAGGGAAGGCUGUAGCCGGGGAGGAGAAUCAGCCACAGUUUGUAGCAGCGAAGGAGAGUCAACUCAAGUCUGCAGCAGCAGCGGAGGGGAUCCAACAGAAGUCUAUAGCAGGGGAGGGGAUUCAACGAGAGGGUGUAGUUGAGGAGGAGAGUCAGCAAAAGGCUGUCGCAGGAGAGGAGAGUGAACGGAUUGUUUCAGCUGUCGAAGGGACGGAGCGAGCAAGUUUAGCAGAAGAGACUGAGCGAGCAACUGUAGCAGAAGACAUGAGUCAACGCAAGUCUUCAGUUGGCAAGGGGGCAAAGCAAGCAACUGUAGCAGAGAAAUCAAGUCAACGCAAGUCUUUAGUGGUCAAAGGGCCGAAGCAAGGGAUAGGUGCAGCAGACACGAGGAAACACAAGACGAUAGUCCUCAAGAAAACCCAGCUCAAGAUCUUGGCACCGAGGGAAACCGCAGGGACAAAAGCAUCGAUCGGUGGUGCGGAUAAGAGCGCUGCUGCUGCUGCUGCUGCUUCUGCUGCUUCUGGGAAUGAAAACAGUGGGGACGGUGGCAGCGGAAGUCAUGGCGUUGGCGGUGGUGUCUAUGGCACGAGCGGUGGUGGUGGUGUUGAGGGGCCUAGUUCGAUUCGCUAUAAGAACGUUGCAGCUUUAGGGGCGAAGGUGGGGGGUGACAGUAUCGAGAGGGUGAUGCGGCAGGCGCGGCAGCACGUCAGGCCGCGGUCCAGUCGGGUCACUCGCAGACUUGCUCUCUCACUGUCCCCAGGCCGCCUUUCGGAGUCCCCAGAAGGGGGAUUCUUACAGCAGCAGCAGGAGGAGAAGGGGAAGGAGGAGGUGCAGCAGCAGCAGGAGCAGCAGCAGGAAGAAGAGGAGGGGGAGCAGCAGGAGCAGCAGGAGCAGUUGCAGCUGCGUUGUGGCGUGGAGUAUCAGAGCAGUGAAUCGCUUUUGGGGCCUCAUCAGCAGCAGGAUGAAGAGCAGCAGCAGCAGCAGCAGCAGCAGCAGCAGCAGCAGCAGCAGCAGGAAGAAGAGGAGGGGGAGCAGCCGCAGCUGCAGCUGCGUUGUGGCGUGGAGUAUCAGAGCAGUGAAUCGCUUUUGGGACCUCAUCGUCUAGUGGUGCUGCAGAACGAGCAGAGGCUAGAGUUAGAGUCACACUCGUUACAGUCAAACCCGUUAGAGUCACACCCGUUUGAGUCACAGGCUGAGGCCGACUGUGUCUUGAGUGACCCUCCUGCCCCGAGUCUGCUGCAAGUGCUGGCUGUUGCUGCUGCUGAGAGUGAGUGGGCUGAUGGGGGGGGUGGCAAUGGCAUACGUGAUUCCCCGAUGCUGGCACUGCUGUCUCUCGCGAACCUAGCUCACACCGCGUCUGAUACUGCCGAACCUGCGUUUCCCUCCGGACCUGCGUUUCUUGCCGGACAUACACCUCCUCCGAAGCUGGCCCCGAUUUUGGAAUCCGCUUCUCCUGCCGAGCCUGCUGCCUCCUCAGCUCUACCCAAACCCGUGUCUGCACUAGAACCUGCUUCGGAAUCUUCUCCUGGACGUCUGGCUAAGCGUUCCCUGUUGUUUGAGGCCCCUCAGGAGGAGAAGGAAGAGAUGGGGGAGGAAGCAGAGGGGAAUGGGGAGGAGGAGAGGGAAGAGGAAGAGAAGGAAAUGGAGGUGAAGGAGGAAGCAGAGGGUAAUGGGGAGGAGGAGGAAGAGGAGGAGGAAACACAGUUUGAGAACCCGUGGGACCUGAUUCUGAACGUGCAUGCAUCUUCUGGAUCGGACUCUGGGAGUGAAGGAGGGGGAGAGGACGAGGGGAAGAGAAGGGGAGAGAGGGGGGUAGAGGAGGGGGGAACUGUGCCCGGGGUGCUGGAGGAGUUACCAGUGCUGCUGCAGGGCGAGACUUUUCAGUCGAUUCAAAAGUCAACUGUGUCUGGGGGGGUGCUGGAGGAGUUACCAGUGCUGCAGGGCGUGUUCGAGCUUCCGAGACCAGAGAUUGCAACUUUUGAGCCAACGCCGGAGAAGGGCGGGAGGGGAGGUGCUGGUGGUGGUUCUGAUGCUGAGGAGGAUGAUGAGGAGGAUGAUGAGGAGGAUGCGGAUCCUUGGAGCCUGGAAUCGCUGCCGUGUGGUGACGUGGCAGGUGUGGCUGACGUGGCAGGUGUGGCUGACAUAGCAGGUGCAGGUGGUGUGGCAAAUAGAGGAGUAGGGAAAGGGAGCGCAGUUACCAGGGGAGGAGGCAGAGAUGGGAGUAAGGCGAAGGAAGGAGGGGAGGGAAUGGGGAGGGAGCAGGAGGAGGAGGUUGCAGCAGUAGUGGAGGCUGGCGAUGCAAAUGCAAGGGAUUUAGGUAAUGCAAGGGAUGCUGGUUUGAGUGGUGAAGGUACAACUGAUGGUGGUGAGAGUGUGCGUGAGGAGAGUUCUAACGGGGAAAGUGCUUAUAGUAAGGACGCAAGUGGUGCGGAUAUGAGUGGUGGGGAUUCGUUUAUCGAUCUUGCAUCUGAUACAACUGAAUCAAGUGCCGAAGCUGCUGUUGCUGGUGAUGAAGGUUCAACUGGUGAAGUUACAGGUGCUGAGAAACUUCCUGAGAGGUCACCUGAGAAUCCACCUGAGGAUCUACCUGAGAAAUUCCCUGCUGGUGUUUCAAGUGGUGCAACUGUAGCAACGGCUGGAGCUACUGCAGCCAGUGCUGAUGCGCCACGUGGCGUGCUCCAGUUGGCGACCAAAGAACAGCCAAAUUUGCUGACGUAUUCAAGGAAGAAGGCAGGGGGUGGUGCGAGUGCAAGUCAAGAGGGGCUUGGUGCUGAUGCGAGAUCGAAAGGGGGAGAAGAGGGAGUGAGAGAAGGAGGGGGCAAUGUUCCUGUGGCAGCAAGUGAUACAGGUGCAUUUGGGACAGGUGUAUCUGUAGCUGCAGGGAAGGCAGGUGUACCUGUAGCAACAGGGAAGGCAGGUGUAUCUGUUGCAGCAGGAAAGGGAGGUGUAUCUGCAGCUGUGGGAAUUACAGGAACUGCAGGUGUAACCAAGGGAGGUGUAUCUGCCACUGUACCUGCCACUGUACCUGCCACUGUACCUGCCACUGUACCUGCCACUGUACCUGCCACUGUACCUGCCACUGUACCUGCCACUGUACCUGCCACUGUACCUGCCACUGUACCUGCCACUGUACCUGCCACUGCAACUCAGGUGGCUGUGCCAAGAGCAGGAAUGAAUGUAUGGGGGAGGGGACGAGGGAUGGUUGUGGGAGGGAGGGGGCGAGGGGUUGUGAUGGGAGCAGGUGGGGUGUUGUUAGCAGGGAGAGGAAGGGGACUGGUGAGUGGGCGGGCAGGAGGAAGGGUUGGGGGGAGGGGCAGAGGGGGCCUUGUGUGGAACCGGAAUGCUGCAGCCAAUGCGGGUGCUGGUGCUGGUGCUGGUGGUGGUGCUGGUGCAAGUGCCUCUAGUGCUGCUCCUGCUGGUGCAUAUAACAGGCCUGAAUUUCCUGCUGCUAGCAAGAAGCUCACGUACACUCUUGCUGCCGCUACGGCUGCUACAGCCGCUACAGGUGCUUCUCCAGUUGCAGCAGGUGCAAAGCUUACCUCUGCAGCCACUUCUGGCAAGUCAACCUCUUAUCCCUCUCCUGCCCCACCAACCCCGAAAAAGGCGUCUCCCUUCACGACUGUCUCCUCGUCAGCCUUCGCCUCCCGCCGCUCCACUGCUGCCUCCAUUGCUGCAUCAGUCGGUGCUGCGGCCUUCAACCGCAGGUACGUACGUAUGUGCAGCACCACUGGCUUUAACAUUUGGUGA